AUGGCUUUAGACGAUGGAAUGACAGUGGCAGAGGCUGGCCGAACUAGCAGCUCUAGUUGGCAGUGGCAGAGGGACGCUAUCCUCUAUCCUAGCAACAGCAGCAGCACCGUGGCAGCAUGGCAACAUCUCCAGGAUGUUAUUUCGCUAUCAGCUCCUUCUGCCGGUGAUAAGGAUGACUUCUUGUGGAGUCUUAAUUCGCAGGAGACAUUCACGGUUAGUUCGUGUUACCGCUGGUUCUUUGCAAAACUAUCCGGAAUUUCUUUACAGCAUUCUAUUGUUAAGGCUUCGGUGUUCAUGUGGAAGGUUAUUGCCCCUUCAAAAUUCCUUUUCUUUGGGUGGAGGAUAAUUCAUAACAUAAUUGCAACGAAGGAGCAUUUGCUCAAGCGGGCAAUUUUAGAUGAUUCCGGGUCAUUUUGUGUUUUUUGCUCUUCGGAGAUUGAAAGUUUGAAGCACCUAUUAGGCGUGUGUCGGGUGGUGAAAGGUAUUUGGGUGAAGGUGUUUGAAUGGUUAGGAGUGAGUGAGAAUCUCUCUUUGGAUGAAUUCUUGAAUUUUCCUUUUGCUUAUGAAAAGAUGAAGAAUGGUGUAUCGAGGAAGAUAAUGGGGGCAAUUUGGAUAGCAACGUGUUGGAGUAUUUGGUGUAAACCUAACGAUAUUAUUUUUAACAAGGUGAAAUUUAGUUUUCAUGAGUGUAUGUCGGAUAUCGUUUCGAGAGCAUGGAUGUGGUUACAAUCUAGUCUUAUCUAUCCUUGA